AUGUACCCACCGACCACACCUACCGGUAGGUUGAGAGUCAGGUCACGACGAAUCAAGCGAGUAUUCCGAGUCCCGUCCGGCGCCAGAGGAACAGGUAUUACUCGCAAGGUAAACAAGUCCAUGACAGGAGGUGUUUUGCAUGACCAAUUCAUGAAACAAGAACAGGGCCUACAAGGCUCUGGCUCUGGUAAAUGCAUGCAUUCAAUAUUACGUAUGGCUGCUUUGCUACAUGCCUUGAGAAGCUGUCUACACGAUCAUGUAGGUAGGCUACAGCAGAACCGUAUGGGGAGGGGUGAGAGGAAUGAAGAGAAACCGCUUGGUAGGGCCCAACUUCUUCACAUGAUCGCGGUUGCAACCGAAAAUAUUCCUGCCCUCGACUCGUGGGUUGGGCGGUUCCUGUCAUACACGGGAACUAGGUAG